CGUCCGACGGACGUGACAAAGGCGAUGCAAUUAUUAUAUUAGGUGUAAUAAACGGUAACCAUAAAUAGUAGCAUUUAGUACAUGACAUCUUGCAACUAAUACAGAUUGAACAGUAAUAAUUUAUAGUAAUAUUUUAAUAUUUUAUAUACCGGUCGCAGCUUGCUUUGCACUCCAGUCCGGAUCCGUCACCCUCGAUCCAUGGAUUCCGUCUCCGGCGAAGCGGAGUCCGCGCGCCCACUCCGCGUCUUCUUUAUCCCCUUCUUCGCGACGGGCCACAUGAUCCCCCUCGUCGACAUCGCCCGACUAUUCGCCGCCCGCGGCGUCCAUUCCACCGUCCUCCUCACCCCGGCCAACGCCGCCCUCGUCCAGCCCACCGUCGACCGCGCCGCCGCCGCCGGCCUCCCCCUCCGCACCCUCCUCUACACCUUCCCAUCCUCCGCCGCCGGCCUCCCCCCCGGCGUCGAGAACAUCAGCGCCCUCCCCCCCUCCGACUCCCAUAAAAUCAACUUCGCCGCUCUUCUCACCCGCCCCGACCACGACCGCCUCCUCCGCCUCCACCGCCCCGAUGCCGUCGUCGCCGACAUCCACUUCCACUGGACCACCGCCAUCGCGCGCGACCUCGGCGUCCCCCGCCUCUCCUUCCACGCCCUCGGCCUCUUCCCCGUCUUCGUCAUGAACGCCCUCUUCCGCCACCUCCCCCACCUCGCUGUCUCCAGCGAUGACGACCCCUUUCUUGUCCCAGACCUCCCCCACCCCGUGCAUAUGGUCCGGCGCGAGCUGCCCGACUUCCUCCGUGGCGACAGCCCCAUCAGCGCCACCAUGGACGGCGUCAGUGAGGGCGAGUCCGGAAGCCUCGGCGUCGUCGUCAACAGUUUCGCCGAGAUCGAGUCGGCCUACGCCGACCUCUACUUCAAAAUCGACCGCAUGCGGUCCUGGUUCGUGGGGCCCGUCGCGCUCGCCUCAGCCGACUCCGGUGACCUCGCCGCCCGCGGGGGCAACGACCCAGCUGCCGCCGCCAACCGCGAGCGCUGCCUCUCCUGGCUGGGCACCAAGAAACCAAACUCGGUGGUGUAUGUUUGCUUCGGGAGCUGGAGCCACUUCUCCGGCGAGCAACUGAAGGAGAUGGCAUUGGGGUUGGAGUUGGCCGGGCACCCGUUUGUUUGGGUGGUGAGGGAGGCCGCCGGUGAGGGGUGGAUGCCGGAGGGGUUCGAGAGGCGGCUAGAGGGGAGGGGUCUGGUGAUAAGGGGGUGGGCCCCUCAGGUGGCGGUUCUGGGGCACGGGGCGGUGGGGGGGUUCAUGACGCACUGCGGGUGGAACUCGGUGCUGGAGGGGCUGAGCGCGGGGCUGCCCAUGGCGACGUGGCCGCUAUCGACGGAGCAGUUCAUGAACGAGAAGCUGGUGGUGGAGGUGCUGAGGACGGGAGUGAGGGCGGCGGAGGGGGCGCGGCGGGGCACGGCCGCGGAGGAGCAGGGGUUGGUGGGGGCGGCGGAGAUAGGGGCGGCGGUGGGGAGGAUAAUCGGGGGAGGGGUGGACGCGGGAGGGAUGCGCCGGAGGGCGAGGGAGUACGGGAAGAUGGCGCGGGAGGCGGUCAAGGAAGGGGGGUCGUCGUACAAGGGGCUCACUGAUUUGAUCGAGGAGAUUCGUGCCUGGCCGAAGAGGGGCUCCGGAGAGGUCGCGUGAUUCGAACCCCAAGGUGAUUGGAUAAUAAUAUUGCAUCGGAUGGAUGGUUGCUACCCAAUUUGAUAUUCGUUGAUACAAAUAGCGUUUUAUCUCUCUCUGCCGGACGCAUUGUGGUCCCCUCGAAUUCAUUAAAGGGCUAUAAAUGAAUCGAGUUUUUAUUUUUUUUUUGGCUUGCUUGGUUGAGAAAGGAGCAAAUCAACUCUAUAGAUGAGCCAGUCCAAACUUUGUAAGCUUGCACGACAAAGGUUUAAGAAAGUUAGUCAAGGUUGAAUCUCUUGUUAAUGAAGGUUGUGUUGCGUUA